CACACACGAAUGCACACUCGCUCGCUCACAUCUCUACAUACAUCCAGCAAUCCCAGCACAGGUGCAACCCAACCACGCAUGGCGCCUGCCUGCCACCUAUCGGCUGCCGCCGUCGUCGUGGCGCUCCUCCUGCUCGCCGGCGGCCGGGGCGCCGAGGCGGGGGCGGACACGAGCGACUGCCGCGUCGCGCAGAUCGCGUUCGGCGAAUGCACCGACUACAUCACCAGCUUCGAGGACGGCCCGGUCCUGGUCUUCCCCCAGCCCCGCUGCUGCAAGGGGCUCCGCACCAUCAGCGACUUGGCAACCACCAGUACCAGGGAACAGCGGCGGGAGCUCUGCGAGUGCGUGCGCUCGGUCAUGGUCGCCGCCGGCAACCUGAACCCCCGCCACGUCGAGAUGCUCCGCUACGGUGCCGGGUGCGCCUUCAGGGCCGACUUCCUCCCAUCCCCCUCCUCCAACUACAGCUGCUCCCGGAUCUGGUGAACUGAAUAACAAAUCAUUCCACGACCCAAACAAAGGGAAUCCAAUACGAGAAGACACGAAAAGCUUGCGGGACUCGAACUACUUUCAUUUCCCUUUCUUUUGCGAUGAGCUGGGAAGAAGAAUGAUUUGUCUUUUCAGUUAUACUUUAGCAAAAUAAAUAAAUCAUCGCAAGCUAUGUAAAGUCAUGAACUGUUUAAGCUAGUGGUUGAUGCCAACUUGACUUCACUUUUGGUUUGGUGGAAGAGAGUAUAUACUAUAUCACUUAAAUGUUAUGGCCAUAUAACGAUUCAGAUAUCCCCGCAAAAAAAAAGGUUUAAAAAG